AUGGCCGCCCUUCUAGUCCUAGGGGCUCUUAUACUUUUGCAUGCUGGCUAUUCGUCAUAUGAAUACCAUGCUUUCGUGAAAACAAAAGGCACAUUCGUACCUACCGAGAUCAUCCUCGAAGUGGUAAUAGGACUAGUGAUUAUCAACUUUGGAGCUCUAUUUUCGAUUAAAUCCAAACCAAGACUAGGGAUCACUCACGAUAAGGUGGUUCAGCCGCCACUGAACUUCCUCAUGCCAAUAGACUUGAGUGAAGCCUCGACGGUGGUGAAUCUGUUGGGUGUCACAGACUAUGAGGAGUUGGAAACUAGAAGAGACUUCGUUGACGUGAAGAAGAAGAGAAAGGAAUAUGCUGAAUGGUUGGCCAAGCAGGAGGCUUAG